AUGGACAGAAAUGAUGGUCGUUUAUUUGGGAAUGGAACACAACAACCUGCUCAAGAGAAGAGAAAGAGGAGUGCCUCUCCUGUACGUGUAGAAUAUGAUGAGGGUGCUAAAGCCUUAAAACCAGAAGAACCUCCAGUCUGGCCCAUUAAGGUGGAGAUUCUAGAAAGAGUGCAGCCCACUAUCGAGAACCUUGGGCAACUGAAAGAAGUUGCUACUGAAAUGGAGAUACUUACAUUCACAGAUGAAAGUUUUGCCACGCUGGAACGGGUAAUGCCUGGCAUCCAAACUGCAGAGGACCUACUUGACAGUAUAAAAUCAAUCAAGAAUCUUGAGAAAAUCAAAGGUGUUAGUGUCAAAGUCACAAGUAGAGGCUGCCUAGCAUUCUACCUGCAAUGUACAGACUUGACAGGACUAGGUGAACUCUGGUUUAUGUACAGAUCUGGGGAACUGAACAACAUGUUUUUCAGUUGUUUGUUCAGUGAGGUUGCAUUACAGCUGUCUACCAAGAGAUUCGUGGUGAAGGCAACCAUCAAUGUGGAAGACUUCAAGCAGGCCAUGGUCUACAUCCUCACUACACUUUCUGCUAGAGGUCUAGACCAUGCGACUUCUGUGGACAACAUCAACACCCUGCCAUCCCCUACAAGGCACGCGGGCCAUUCCAGUCUGAGGGGCCUGGACCUAGCAAUGUUCAGCAGGGAAGAUCACACCCAUAAAGGUGCAAUAGAUAGUGCAGGUACAUGCCCAUUGACGUUUACAGACCAACAAGUACAGACAGCCCUACGACAGGUGAAGAAAAAAUUAGAACAACAGGCGAGUCGGCUCAAAGUACAAACAGCCAAAGAGGGUUCAGAAGCUUUGAUCCUCAGUCUGAGCAAGCAGGUAACAAUGCAAAAAGAUGAGCUAGAGAAAGCACAGAAAGUCCUUUUGGAACACAAGAUGACGAUCCAAAUGUUAGAGGACACAAAGAAGAUUACAGAAACCAGAAAUGAAGAACUGACAGCAGAGAAUGCCAAACUGUCUAAUCGGCUGAAACUCACUCAUGACGAACUUCAAGAGGAUAAAGAGAAAGCUCAGAAAGUCCUUUUGGAACACAAGGAGACAAUCCAAGUGUUAGAGGACACAAAGAAGACCAAAGAAAAAAGAAAUGUAGAACUGACAGCAGAGAACACCAAACUGUCUAAUCGGCUAAGGGAUAGUGACAAACUUCAAGAUGAAGUAAGAACACUGAGAGAGAAAAACGAGGCAUUGCAAAAGCUUCUCUUGGAGAAGACUCAAGAAAUCCAACAGUCAAAGGAGACAAGACAGGGCACAGGAGCUAGACCAAAAUCUUUUGGCCAGCAGAGGGACCGGCUAAAGCAGACAACGGAGCAUCAAAAUCAGGGGGAUGACUUAACAAGGAAGCAGAGACAGCCUGUGCCCAAGGACUCGACUGGCCAAGCAAGAAAUGAAGAACAAACAGUGACCAGACUGAGUGCAGUUCCUUCUCACUGGGAUCCUCAGCCGACAGACCCAAAGUCCAAGAAACCCAAGUUGUGCCACCUUGUGAAGUUAGAGUCAUCCUCUGCUGAGUACAAGACUGUCAGCAGCAAGUCUGGACUGGGAAACAUUGUGAGCAUUGAGAGGGUGCAGAACCCAACACUGUGGAGGCAGUACUGUGCACAGAAGGACAGAAUCAGCCUGAAGAGACCUGGACAAAAUAUAGAGCAGGAGCUGUGGCAUGGGGCUUCAGCUGAUUCCUGUGUCAAGAUUUACCACAAUGGUUUCAACAGGAGCUACAUGUUGUAUGCAGGUGUCUAUGGAGCGGCUAUUGGCAAAGGGGUCUACUUUGCUGUGAACGCGUCCUACUCAGAUGCCAGUCCUGACGCCAGCGGCCACAAGAGGCUGUUCUUGGCCAAGGUGCUGACUGGACUGUCCACACCUGGAAAACCCAACUUGAUCGUCCCCCCACCCAUACCAGGGGGAGGUCUAUUGGACACCUAUGACUCCACCAGUGGUAGUGGCAUGUUCUGUGUGUUUCAUGAUGCACAGGCAUAUCCAGAGUACCUAAUCACGUUCAUGAUCACUUGAGUAAGGGUGUACAUGUAUAUUAUGUAAUAUAAUUUGCAAUAAACCUAAUCACGUUCAUGAUCACUUGAGUAAGGGUGUACAUAU